UGCAUCUCGCGGCAGUUCGCGGUCGCCUUUUAAAGAAAGCUCAUUAGUUGCUCGGCACCAAGCCCGGCACCAAACCCGGCACCGCGACAGAUUUUCCCUAAUUUUCAUUCGUUACAUUCGCUCGUUCUCUUCAAUCCUACAACAACAACAAGAAGAAGAAAGAAAAGAAAAACUCAAAAGAGAAAAUAUCAUUUCAACGAUUGGAUCCGCAACAAUCCCCCACCCCCGCCCCUCUUCUAUUCGUGCAUCAUAAUAAUAAUAUUUAUUUCGAUACUUUUAUAAACAUAUUAUAGUUGGUUAAUAAUAAUAUUUCAUUUAUUUUACCUCUAUCUCAUUAUAUCAAACGUUAAUUACAUCUUCCUUCUUUUUUUUUCUCAAUUCUUUUUGUUUUUAUCUUCUUCUUCUUCUUCUUCUUCUUCUAAAUCCAUUUUUAAUAGGGAGAAGAAAAGUUUGAAUCAAACGUUCCGAUCGUCCCGUUAAAACGUACAUACCUGUUUAAUAGUCAAAGAUAAAUAAGAAUACAAAAUAGAUAUUUCGCGCGCGAAUUUAUCUCGGAUGGAUUGGCAUAAUCUUCGUGCACGUGCGAGUUAGCUCGCGAAGAAGGGGAGUCGUCAAACUCGCGUUGUACGAGUAGGAAACGUACAACGAAUCGAAUGUCACGGACUAGGUCGAAUGAUCAAGUGGUCGGAUAUUUAAUAGCUAUCAUCGGUUUAUUCGGAAUGAUAGAAAUUCGCGUAGGCGCGUGAUUUUGAUAAUCAUCGAGAGUGAAGUUUAAGGAUUUAUUAUCCAAAAAGAAGAUAAACAAAAUUGUCUUUCGGAUUCUUUGUUAUUUAUUUUUUCUUUUUCUCUCGUGAGGAAAGAAAAAAAGAAAUCCAGGCUAACUGAUUAUUACGAAAUUGGUCGAAAGGGAAAAGAAAAAGAAAAAGAAAAAGAAAAAUAUAGAGUGGGUGGUGGGUGGAGGAGAAGUUGUAAAGUUCUCUCUCUCUAUCGUAGUAAAAAGAGUAGAACGUGGUUUCGAGUAGGUUGUGUGGGCGACGAGGUGAAACGAGGUCGUCGACACACGAACGUCGUCGAUGAGGAAGAAGAAGAACUGAAGAAAUAACACGAGACGAUAAAAAAUCAUUUGAGGGUAAAUAAGGGCAAUUUGUAGAAGAUAGGAAUAUUCGUAAUAGAAGAAGGAAAAAGUAAAAAAUAAAAUUAGUUAAUUUUUGGCCAAUGGUCGAGACACAGUUCCGACGUUCAACAUUAAAGUUCCCGAUGCUGCAGCCACCUUCUCCGCUGAUGGAGAUGGCGUCCCUGCGUUUACCGGACUCGGAGGAGUUCGACGUUGACACCCGUCGUAGGAGUAACAACGAUAACAUGUUACCAACUACGAUAGCUACGGCAUCCCCGAAUACCGGUGGUAGUAGUACCUUUCAACAGAUCAAAAAUGAUCUCGGUGAUUAUUUGAAUUUGUUGGUCGAGGCUAUUACCGCUAAUCCUAGGGGUGCUGACCCCUCAUCUAUGGAUGAACAAACUGGACUAUUCAACGCUAGUAAAACACCUAAUAUUUCAACGAUCGAACAAUUACCUGAUCGACUUUACAGGCACAGCAUGGCCAUGUCAGCGGUGUAUUGCGUAGCCUACGUUUUAGUAUUUGUCGUUGGCCUAAUCGGCAACAGUUUCGUCAUAGCUGUCGUUUACCGAUCACCAAGGAUGAGGACCGUAACAAAUUUCUUUAUCGUCAAUCUCGCAGUAGCCGAUGUCUUGGUCAUCGUAUUUUGCUUACCUGCCACGCUGAUGAGCAAUAUCUUUGUCCCAUGGCUCCUGGGAUGGUUCAUGUGUAAAGCAGUGGCUUACAUUCAGGGUGUAUCGGUAGCUGCUUCAGUUUACAGUCUCGUUGCAGUAUCUCUAGACAGGUUCCUGGCUAUCUGGUGGCCGCUCAAAUGUCAGAUAACGAAACGACGAGCUCGAAUGAUGAUCGUGGUGAUCUGGUUCAUCGCAUUAACGACCACUUCACCGUGGUUGCUGUUUUUCGACCUGGUAUCGAUUUACGAAGACGAUCCGGAUUUGAGAUUAUGUUUGGAGACAUGGCCACAUCCCGAGGAUGGUUCCCUGUUCUUUCUGAUAGGCAAUCUUACUCUUUGCUAUGUAUUACCGAUGAUCCUCAUAUCUCUUUGCUAUAUCUUGAUCUGGAUAAAAGUAUGGCGUAGGCAUAUACCAACCGACACUAAGGAUGCUCAGAUGGAACGGAUACAGCAGAAAUCAAAGGUUAAAGUUGUCAAGAUGUUGGUAGUAGUAGUGAUAUUGUUCGUACUUUCUUGGCUUCCACUUUACGUGAUCUUUGCUGUUAUCAAAUUUGGCGGUGACGUUGCCGAAAGGGAAGAUGAAAUUUUACCGAUAGCUACACCGAUAGCUCAAUGGUUGGGAGCUAGCAAUUCUUGCAUCAAUCCGAUCCUAUAUGCAUUUUUCAACAAGAAAUAUAGACGAGGAUUCGUCGCCAUUUUAAAGAGUGGUCGUUGCUGCGGUAAACUUAGGUAUUACGAGACCGUAGCUAUGAUGUCCUCGUCUACAAGUAUGAGGAAGUCGUCUUAUUACGUUAACAAUAACAAUAACAACAAUAAUAAUUCAUCUACGAGGCGUGCAGCUUGUCAUGGACCACCUGUUCAUCAGGACAGCAAUGUUUCUUACAUAUUUAAUCACACCGGUGUCUAAAAUGCGUUUAGAAUUGACAAUGUUUGACAACAUCUCACACCUUGUUCUGCACAACUGAGAAAGAGAGACAGAGACAGAGACAGAGAGAGAGAGAGAGAGAGAGAGAGAGAGAAGAAAAGAAGAAAGUAAAAAAAAAAUAAACAAAAAUAUAUCCUGACACGAUCAACGAGAAGGAAAUCGAGUAAAUCGAAGAAGGUGGGAGUAUAAAGCAGAAAGGAGAAGGUGUGAAAGCAUAUAUAAAGGCUGCUGCUUUUAACACCUUACGACUAAAAAAGACUAGACCAAGAAGAUACUUGGCUCGAGUCUAGGCUGGCUGCCACGACUGUAAUCGCUCAUAUAAAGAUUUUUUUCUCUCCCAACGAGAUUUGCCGGCUCCGAAAGAUUCUGGGUCAUGCGUGAUCGUCACGAUUGUUACUCGGGUCGGAUGUCGAAGAAGAAAAAGAAGAAAAAGAAGAAGAAAAAGAAGAAGAUAAAAAUGAUGAUGAUGAAGAAGAAGAAAAUAAUAACAAUAAGAUAAUGAAAAACAUAUAUUAAAAAUAAAUGAGAGUAUAGCACGUUGAGUUUUACUUUUCGAAGAUACGAUUAAGCUCAACGCAUAACUAACUACUUAGCUCAUCUCGUUUAUACAUUAUCCUCGAGUUUAGAUAUUUAUCGAGGAUUUAGAAGAAGAACGCUGAAUUGUAUAACAAUAUCUUUAGCUUUAGAUCCAUCGAUGAUGAUGAUGAUGAUGAUGAUGAUAAUGAUGAUGAUGAUAAUAAUACGAAGGCAUGAUUCACCACGAAAAUUAGAUUUAAUUGAGAUCUUCUACGAUAAAUUAUCGAGAAUCGUUCCUGCUAAUCAUUGAUUUUAGAACAGACGAUGAUGUUAUUUUUCACAAAUAAACACACACACAUACACAUACAUCGAAAUAAAUCUCUCCCUAUUUUUCUCGAAACGAAGAAAGAUUAACUUCCCCCGUGCCCUUUUUGCAUCAUCUAAUAUUUUCUCCGAGAGAACAAAGUUUUUUCGACAAAUAAAAAGAAAAAAUGUCGAAGCCUAAGUAAAAUGGCGAAAUUUUUUUUCUUUUUUUCAUAUUCGAAAAGGGUUGGAAUAAAUACAUUUGUAUGAAAAAAUAAAAGACUAAUUUCGCGUAGAUCGGUGUUCUCGAUCAACGUGUUUAGAAAUUAGAGACUGUCCAAAGAAAAUAAAUUUUUGUCCGUACACGUUGCAUGUGAUUUUUCGGCGAACACAUAAUAAUAUAUGUAUAUAUUAUUAUUAAAUAUACAUAUUAAUAGAGAGAGACUAAUAAUACUAAUAAUAAUCAUACACACGAUUGAAAAUACGAGUUGAAAAACACGUUUAAAAAUAAUGAUCCUUCGAUUUUUUCCCUGUCACUGCCUAAAACACAGUGUAAAAAAAAAAGAAACAAAGAAAACAAUUGUUAAUCAAAAUGUUCAUAAGAAAUAACAACCAUAAGUCGACUUUGGAUUCUAAAAUUCAUGUUAAAAGAAAAAUGAAAAAUCCAGGGAAAAUUAAAAUAUGCGCUGGUCCAUGCACGUGAAAAGUGAAAAUUAAUUAUGGUACUCGCAUAUAUAUCACUGUAUUGUUUCAUACGUGCAUACAUACAUUUGCAUACAUACAGUUAAACUUAAAUCGUAGCACAAAUCGGCUUUCGUAGGUAAAUACAUAUUAUAACAGAUGUCGUAAGAAAAUGUUACCAUACUUUCCGAUUGUUUAUAAAGUAAUUAUUAAAUAUCGAUACAAUUUUCUUUCCAUGGUUUAAAUGUGUUAAGUAUUUCAAAUUUUUAAAAUGUGGUAAUAUUUUUUUUACAACACCCCGUGUAUACAGUGACUCAUGAAAGUAUUUGAACACUUACCAUGAAUUACUAUAUUAAUUAUAUUAAGAAUUACUAAAAUAUUAUUGACAUUCUAAGUAGAUAUAACUAUGUAAAUUAUAUAGAUAAAGUUACAAGCAAAUCGAAAUAUAUAUAUAUAAAUACAAUAGUUAUGAAUUAUUUCUUACAAACAUAAACUUCGCUGAUACCACAAAAGUAUUUGAAUAAAUAAUCCAAAGUAUAAUCAUACUUACUAACAAUGUUAAUAAUAUUUUUGUAUAACUAUUGU